CUAACAUCAUACCUACAGGGAAGUGUUAACAAGCAAAUCUCGCGCUUCGAAGUCACAGCGGUUUACACCCAUCCGCAGGCCACUGCGGACAUCGUCCUGGUUCACGGCCUUAACGGCCACCCAGAAAAAACAUGGACGGCUGCCAACGGUGUGUUCUGGCCCACCGACCUGCUCCCAGCGUCUCUGGAGCUGAAAAACCAGCAUGCCAACGUCCUGGUUUACGGUUACAAUGCCGACGUCUACUCAAGGGGCACCAACACUCCCAGUAACAACUUCAUUCACCAGCACGCUCAGUCUCUAGUCACCUCCCUUACGUCAUUCCGCAAGAGUGAAGGAACCGAGAGACUGCCGAUCAUAUGGGUGGUGCACAGCCUGGGGGGUAUAGUAACGAAAAGAGCGUUACUAUACUCGAAUGAUAUCCGGGCCCAUCAGCAAGAAGACCUCCGCUCAGUCUUCGUAUCCACGUACGCCAUCAUCUUCCUCGGCACCCCGCACCAAGGCUCGGACCUGGCCACCUGGGGCCGCAUGCUCCAAGCCAUGUCGGACGCCGUCAUUCCCCGGCGCUUCUUCGAGACCGAAUCCGUCCUGCUCAAGUCGCUCAAGAGGGAUAACGAGACCCUGCAGGGAAUCAACAACCACUUCCUCGACAUCUACCAGCGGUUCAAGAUCCACAUGGUACACGAGAACCAUACCACGGACUUGAGAGGGACGAGGGCGCUCGUGGUGGAUGCGAAUUCGGCUAGUCCGCAGUUGCAGGGCGUGAUAUACUAUGGCAUUGAGGCGACACACUCGGGCAUGUGCAAGUUUGAUGGGCAAAAUGCUCCUGGCUAUAGGAAUGUGUCGACGGCUAUCACGGAGUGGGUGGCGGUGGCUAGGACGGUUAUUGAUAUACGUUGGGAGGCGGAGGAGGAGGAGCGGAAGAAGAGGGCGGCGGAUGAGUACUAUGAGAGGAGUGUUCAGGCUAUGCAGUCCUAUCGACGCUCGCAUUCGCCGGGUUAUAGCAACCAGCAGUUUCCCUCCAUUGGUAGGUUCCGCAGAUCACCCUCAUCUUGUUAUGGCCAUGACCAUGACUGCGGCUACGGCCGUAAUGAGACUCUUCUACUCCAACACCGCCCUCAUGGCCAGCAAAGACCUCCCGAGCUCUUACCGCCUCUGCCGUCGUCUUCGUCCCGAUCUGCGUUGUCCACGCGCGAACCUACGUUGGUGUUGGAGCCGGGCGACAUCAGCCCUAGCCAACCCGUCGAUGGGAACAACGACGACCCCAUCACCACUAUUACCACCGACAUUCAACCUCAAUCUCAACCUCAAGCACCCCUUACGCCCCAACAUCCAGAACCACUCUUCAUCCACCCCGACUCCUUCCGGCCCAACUCCUUCUUCAUCGGCCGCGAAGACGAACUUCGCGGCCUCCACGAAAUGCUCCAAGACCGCCGCCGCCGCCUCGAAGGCACCUCCGCCGUGCUAAUCCAAUGUCUCCCCGGCGGCGGCAAGACGCACCUCGCCCGCGAAUACGUCUACCGCUACCGCGAACACUACCCCGGCGGCGUGUACUGGGUGCGCGCCAAGUCGAGGGGGGAGGUGGAGAGUGGGUAUUGGAGGGUUGUCAGGAUGGAGAUUAUGCGGGACACAACUGAAAACCAAAUGGGGGUGGGGGUGACGGGGGUAGAGAAUUUGCGGGAGGAUCCCAAGACGAUGGUGCAAGUGGUCAAAGCCUGGUUUAACAGUCAUCGAGAUUGGUUGCUGGUGCUAGACGGGAUCCAGUUCGACAUCCCCGGCCUGUCGGAGUUCAUUCCGGACGCGAAGCACACGAGUAUCAUCUACACCAGCACGGAGCGGGCGGUGACGGGUGAUCCGCGAUUUGAUAAUCCGCAGGUUAUGGAGUUGGGGUUGUUGACGCCUAGACAAGCGGUCCAGUUGCUGCUGACUGAACUUGACCGUGCUUCUGUCUCUACUCCCAGCAAUAUGGGAAAUGGGAAGGGAAAGGGGGGCAAAAAUGCACAUGGGGGGUGGAAAGACGAGGAAGAAGAGAAACGAGCGCUGGAGCUGGUUAAUCUUAUGGGAAGAUUACCGCUGAUGAUCCAUGUCGCUGCGCAGCAUCUGAAAGCGACGAGGGAGCCGUUGGCGAGGUAUCUGGCGGGGUGGAGGGCGAGUAAGCCCAAGCAGGUGGGCAAUUUGCAUGCGUAUAAGAAGGUCAGGGAGCAGUUGGAUGCGAGGGGGAAUAGUGCGGCGUUGAAUUUGGUGGGGGUGUUGGUUUGGUGGGAGCAGUUGGUGCCGGUUGAGAUGGUUGUUUUUGGCCUCCCAGCCCUAUCCCGCGACACCCCCGUCAAAACCUGCGAUGCGUCCCAUAGGAAGACGACGCUCAACAACACCCUCAAAGUCCUCAUCAAGUUCGCCCUCAUCGAACGCACCACCGAGUCCGAUGAUAGCAUUACUCCCCUAACCCGCAGCCCCAGCGCUGCCAGUGGCAGCUCUCGCACUUCUGCUAAUCGAAGUCUCGAUACUCCUGGCGGAAACUAUUACCGGAUCUACAGUGACUCCUCGGACUCCCUCGACCUAUUGAGGAUUCACUCCGUCAUUCAGGCGUUCUUUAUUGAGACGCUGGCGGAGGAGAAGACGGCUGUGGCCUGGCUUGAGAGGGCGGCGGCGGUUUGGUGUAGGUCGUUUGAUGAGGCGCAUAGGCGUAUUGACGAGGCGCGCAAGAGUGUCGUUGUCGGUGGAGGCGGAGGUGGAGGUGGAGGGGAGCACGAGGGGUUUGAGGUUUCACCGCGGGUGGGAGUGCCGGAUGAUUAUAGGAGGUAUUGCAUCCAUGGCCAGAAACUCUUGCAGAAUAUUGAGAGGUUUGGAAACGAGAAGAGGGAUCCGGAACGGAGGCUGGAGAAGUGGAGGUGGAUGGUGAGGCAGAGGGUGGAGGAGGCGGGGAGGGGGGUGGAGGAGUUGAGUCGGUUGGAUCGGUUGGGGAGGGUUGGGGGAGGAGUGUCUGGGGAACAAGAGGGACGAGAGGGACGAUGGGGACAAGGGUUGGAGGUGGUGAGUGUGUUUGAUAGGAACAGUGGGAGUCGGGGUGGCAGUAGUGUGUCCGAGACGGAUUCGACGGCUACCACUGCGCCGAGUCAUGAGAGUCAAGAAGAAGGCCAUGUUGGCCCGGGAAGUUGGGAGAGUGCGUUUGGAGGUGCGGAGCUGGAUGAGGGGUUCACGCCCAUGGAGUCGCCUAGUAGUUAUCACCACUCCACUUCGGGAGGUCGUCAGAGGCCGUCAAACUUAACGAUGACGAUAUCAGGUCAGGCAGCUCUGGGUCCGUUCCCAUGGAGAGAGAUGGGAAUGGAAGUUACGGCACCGUAUCCGACAGAGGGAGUGAUGCCGCCGACUCCCGGACUGGAUAACAAGAUUAGGAACAUGUUGGAAGACGAAAGGACUGUAGUCCCGGCCGCUGUUUCGGAUUACUACGAACCUGUCGACGAACAACCUCUCGACGAAGUCGACCAAGCAGCUCUCACACCCAUCGUCGAAACGCCCAGUGUCUACACAGCCCUGGACGGCCUGGAGAUCCCCACGCCCGCUCUCGAAACCGGUCUCUUUGAAGAGUGGAACGCCGUUAUCCCCAAUCAUCGGGUCAUCAAGAAGCAAGAGGCCCGUCGGUACCGCGAUCGCGCUGGAUCCUGGAGAGAUGUCAGGACUGUCGGCGAUCCGAGGGUGGGAGUCACGCUGGAUGUGGCUGUUGGAUCGUUGGCUGGGAAGCCCGGGACGAGUGCAGCAGGUGUUGUGCCGGUGUGGCCGCCGCAUAGAAAAAGGAGGGUGACGGCCCAGACGCAGAGUGAGGCGCAGUUGGAGCUGAACAAAAUUCGGCAGAAGGCGGCGGGUACACAGGCUGUUGUUGCUCAGGCUCAGGCUCAGGCGGUUAAUGAGGGAGUGUCUGGAGGGCUGGGUGAUAACUUGACGCUGCCGAUGCCGUCUAGGAAGACGAGUGGUGGGGGACUGUCCGCCGCGAGCGAUCUUUCUCCUCCAACACCGUCAUCAAGUGGGUUGCUUUCUCCGAGUGGAUGGCUGAAGAGGUUGAGGGAGGGCUUUGGCUCGAGUGUGCAAAGUGUGCCGACGGCGGUUGGUUCGACAUCGCCGAGCAUGCCUCUUGGUCAACAGCUUUCCCAAUCAGCGCCGCAGGAGGAUGAGCUUAUGAUCGUUCCUGGUCCCAUCUUUAGAGGAAGUCGAACGUCCCGCUCAAGUCCGGCUAACCAUACCUCCUCUCCGUUCCCCCCUCCUUCGUUCGCCGCUACCGCAGAUCUUGAUGAAUCGGCAGUCCGUUUGCCUAGAUCCGCUCAUGGAUUCUCCGAGCCGCCAAGUCAAGUAAGUUGGGAUCAAGACGCCGAUUACCUCUCGUCUUCCCAGCCUGUCGGUGCUUUGCCUCAAUGGGAUCGUCUUCCAAGGAAUACUACCCCCGGACAGGGGCUUAAUAGACAGUCGAAUGUACCGCCGCCGCUUCAUCCUGUUACUGGAUUACCGUAUCCCACGGUUGCGACCCGACCAGGUCCGUCACCCUUGAUGGUUCCCGGUGCGGUCCCGGGUCACGUCCCGACAGGAUAUAGUUCCCAGCCGAUGUCGAGGGAUCCGUCACAUCAGUCCUCUGCAUCGGGGGUGGGACAAUCUUCCGGAGGAGCAAACAACCACAGUCCGAGUCCGUUGUCGUUGUCAAUGCAGAGUGUCAAUGGGUUCUCGUCAUCCGAACCGAUGGUAAUGGGGGUAUCGAAACCUAGGCCGCUUGUUAGCGCUGGGAAAGUGGCUGCUGGAAGUUCUUCAUUGGGGAUGAACAACAACAGCAGUCCCGCAGUUCCCGGCACCAACGUGAAUCUGGGUAACAGGCCCUCGCUCAUGCAGCUGCAGAUGCCUCUAAUGCCCAUCAACAUCAACGCUCCCGGAUCCGGCGCCGGUCGACUAUCCUCCCAGAAGAUACAACAGGCUCAACAACAGCAGCAUCGACCAGCGUCGUACACAGAAACGGAACCCUCGCCUAGGAUGGAGGAUGCGUUCCCGGAUGUUGACACGAGUUAUUCGCGGUGGGAGCAGAUGCAUGCCCCUGGACAUCAUCAAAGUGCUUCCUCCUACCAAUCUCCCACCGCCGGUGGCCAUGCCCAUAAAAAGUCCACCUCCUCCACCGGCCCCGGACAGGUCACCACCGCAUCUUCUUCAGCCCCCCAUCCACAACCAGCGCCCGCUAUCCUCUGGCGAAACUUGGGCAGGGGACUUACGAGACGGAGGACUAAGGAACGGAUCCAGAAUGUGCUCGGUGCUAAUAACGGCCGAUCGCAAUCCGCGAGUCCGUCUGCCUUCCCGACUGGAUCAAGACGGGGAAGUGGGCAGCAUUCUGGAUCUGGGCAACAACAUCCGUUGGCGAGUUCAGUGACGUCUACCGCUACUGUGGGAAGUGCUGCACAAAGCCAAGGUUAUGGGGGAAGUCUAGAUUUGGUGGCGUCUAUAUCGAACAUGGGCGGACAAUUUCCUGCUACUCCUGCGUCUGCUGCUUCUGCUAUGCCUUCCACUUCUGCUCCACCGCAGCGUCCCAGCAUUGGCUCGCUUUAUGCGGUAGCCAGCUCACCUGUUCCUCCACCCUCGUUACAAGAACCGCGAUCCUCCUCCCCUGCCGUUGGAACGGGAGCGGGAGCUGGAGCCGGUAUCCUUCUCAGUGAUGGUACUAUCUUCCAGUUCCCCAGCACCAGCAGCGUGGCGUCACCUUUGACUCCUAUGACCAUGACUAAUGUCAGCACUGGAUCUCCUAUUGUCGGACCUGCAGGGCGAGAAAUGGACGUGGAACCGGAUACGGGCGUGUUUCAUGGCAUGGAAGAGGAUUUCAAUAAUGAUUUACAUGGAUUUCCGCCGCCUGGGUCGCCGGUCGCUUCGGGGGUGGCUUGGGAAGUGCAGCAGUCAAGUCCAAGACCGAUGGCCACGCCUGUUCAGGGAGGAGUGAUGAAUGCUGGACUUGGAGCGGCGCCUGGUAGCGUGGUAACGCCGCCCAUGCCGCCCACGCCCCCGACCGCUACGGGCUUAGGCAUUGCCAGGAGGAAGCGGAUUGUUCAUCAGCUCACUUCGGGUUCUGCGCCUGGUCUACGGUCUCCGAAUCCGAACACGCCUCCCCUGCACGCCUCCUUGCCUACGUUGCCCUCUGGAUCACCUUUAGGCUCAGUUCCUCUGCCUCAAGGCACCGUUACUUCACCACCUAUUCCUGUUCCUGCUUCUUCCACCAGGCCCGUUGUGAAUCCCAAUAGCCCGAGCGUCAGAGGUACCAGGACAAGGACAAGAGCUAGAAGCGGAAGUAGUCCUGGACCGUGGAGGCCUUCGUCGAUGUCUUCGAUGUCUAUGGGCACAUUGCAUAGGCCUUGGGGUCAUGGACAUGGGGCGGGUGGAACUGGUUCUGCUUCGCUGUCGAGGUCGGGCAGUCCGAGUUUGGGAACGAUUGAUGCAGGAAGAUUGAGUCCUAGGCAGGCUCAGCAUAGGAAAGAAGGAGGGACGAGCGGUGAUGAGGGUGCGGGUGCUGGUAGUGGUGGUGGAACGGGAUUGGGGAUUUUGCCGCCGUGA